CUCGGUCUCCCAGGAUGUGCCGUUUCUGCCUUUUCUCUUUCUUUUGUGUCGUGUCUGUGUUCCUUUUUUUACGGGGUCUCCCCUUUGGCACUUGUUCUGGCUUGGAGUCGCGUGCCCUCUCUCCUUCAACCUAGUUCGUCGAAGCCCUGGACCCCCUCCCCAGGUCGUUCUUUUCAUCAGGGUUACCACCUAUGUCAGACAGAAGAACCACGCCCCCUUCACCCUCCCCCCCGUCCCCGCCGGUCAAAAUUGAAUGGGGGGGGGGGGGCGUGGGUGUCCAGAUGUCUGCUAAGAGGUUGAUAGGUAUCUGAGGCCAAAGCCUUAACAGAUUGAAGCUACCCAGUCCGGGGUUGUAGAUAGAGGAAGGGUUGGACGAGAGACGUAGAGAGCGAAGAAGUAAGGAUGAACAAGCCAAGGACGGCGUGGGUGAGUGGGCGAGAGUCGGACAAAGUCGUGCGCCGCCUCAACUUUGCACAUUCUAUGCGGCACGACACUAGUCAUCCUACUACCAUUACUUCUUCUCCUUCUCACCCCCCCCAAUCUCUCUUUCUCUCUCUCAAUCCCUCCAUCUCUCUCCGACGGUCUUCUAUCACCACCGUUCCAGCAGCUAUAUGCUCUCGUCUCCCCGUCCCUCGCGUGCCCUUUACCUUCUCCGUCCCGUCUAGUGAACGAGACCGGCGAACCGGAGUUGUAUCCUCAUCUAGACGGUGUCGAACGGGCACUUUUACACUCGGUGUCAAGCCAAAAACAACAGCAUUGGGAUUGCUGUACCGAUCGACUCUCCAUCAGCACAGCCUCACAGCCAGGCGUCAACCGAUUUGUUCUCCAGCACAGAAGCUCAAAUUCCCUCACUCGGCAUCCCGGUGUUCAGACCAUACUCGCAGGCGGUACUUUUUGCUCUGUUCAUCGCCCAAAGCCGGCCGUACAUCCUUCUUGUUAUCUCCCUCUUUCUCAUACGCACAUAUACACCCGAAACGCGAUGCCGCGUCCCACACUACCGCCCACGCCGGCGUCCUCGACGGACAUAAAGGGCCAAGACGGCUCCAAGAACCUCAACUCACUACAGCUCUCCUUCGAAUUGCCACCGCCCGCUCUUGUUCAAGACGCCUCGAGAAUAUCCCCCAAAGACAUGCGGACGUCGCCGUACCCCGUACAGCCCAGCGAGACGGUCAAGUCCCGCCGGCGCUCGUCGGCAGCCCAAAAGGCCGCUUCGAAUGAGAGCUUCGCGCUACCACCCCCUCCGACACGGUCUCGCAAAAUCAUCCAAAUGAAGCCCAGAACGACGCAAGAGGAACCUGAGGAGGCCCCGGCUACCGCUAGCGGUGCCAAGUCGGGGACUGCGGGUCUGGGAAAGGCCGUUGCGGCGCCGGCUGGGGCCUCCGCUACGGCGGCUCAGGGCAAGAAAAAGCAGCCUUCCGCAACGAGCGUGGCGGGUCGCAAGAUUGCUAGGAAGACGGCGCACAGUCUCAUUGAGCGGCGCCGCAGGUCAAAGAUGAAUGAGGAGUUCGCCGUGCUGAAGGGCAUGAUCCCGGCUUGUACGGGGGAAAUGCACAAGCUAGCCAUUCUUCAGGCAUCAAUCGAAUACGUGAGAUACCUCGAAGACUGCGUCGCCAAGCUCAAGGCCCAACGGGAAGCGUCCGAGGCCCGCUCACCCGUCGAGUCUGGUUUGCAGACCCCUUCGGGCCGCAGCGAGGCAUGGAGUUCCAUCCCGCAAUUUAUCCCUAGAUUUCAGGAAGACCCUAAUGAUGAUGUCGAGAUGACCGGCUCGGAGGCUUCGUCGCCGACGUUCCCGCCCAUCCAGCAGCAGCAGCAGCAGCAGCAACAGCAGCAGCAGCAGCAGCAGCAACAGCAGCAGCAGCAGCAGCAGCAACAGCAGCGGCCGUCCGUGUCGCCGGCACUCCUGCCGCAGGACACCAACUCAAGGCACCGCCACGACUCAUACUCCUCAGUAUCGACGGACCACGCACGAAAUUACAGCUAUAGCACGUCGACGACCGCGUCGCCUGCGUUCGGGCCGCAGACGUACGUCGGGUACGGGCACGGUGGCGGCGUUGGGUCGGCACUUACAAGUCCCGCGUUGGCACCGUUGAGGGAUCUGGAUCAGGAGGCGACGGCCGCACUGUUGAUGCUGAAUAGCGACCGCAGGGGGACCGUCGGAGAUACGAGUGCAGGUGCAAAUGGUGGCGCUGUGAGGAGCGCUGGAAGGGGGAUGUCGGUGAGGGAUUUGCUGAGCACGUAA